UUUAAUAUAACCUUCUUUCAGACGUUGUUUAAUUCACCGAUUGAAGAGAACGGGGAGUUGCAGGAUUCUUUUUGCCUUAAUUUUGUUGAUUACGAAUAUACUAAUUUAAGCAAUUUGAAAAUUAAACAUGAAGUGGUUCCUUUUCUUUGUAGGGCUACUUUUAAUAUCAGGACUUUGCUUGGCUGAUGAUACCACAACAGAAGAAGAAGCAGAGAUUAAGGUUGAUCAAGAUAUAGGGAGUAGUCGAGAAGGUUCAAGAACUGAUGAUGAAGUGGUGCAAAGGGAAGAAGAAGCCAUUAAGUUAGAUGGCUUAAAUGUUGCUCAGGUGAAAGAAUUGAGAGAAAAAGCUGAAAAGUUUGUGUUUCAGGCCGAAGUGAAUAGAAUGAUGAAAUUGAUCAUAAAUUCAUUAUAUAGAAAUAAAGAGAUUUUCUUGAGAGAGUUGAUUUCUAAUGCUUCGGAUGCUCUUGACAAAAUAAGAUUGCUUUCUCUCACAGAAAAUGAGGCAUUAAGUGCAACAGAAGAAUUGUCUAUCAAAAUAAAGCUAAAUUUUUCUUUUCAGUUUGGUGUUGGUUUCUAUUCGGCCUUCCUUGUGGCAGAUAGAGUUGUGGUGACAUCCAAACAUAAUGACGACAAGCAGUACAUUUGGGAAUCUGAUUCUGGAUCAUUUUCAAUUGUUGAAGACCCACGAGGAGACACCCUGAAAAGAGGCACCACAGUCAGUCUCUACCUAAAGGAAGAAGCUAGAGAUUUCCUAGAAGAAGAUACCUUGAAACAACUGAUUAAGAAAUACAGUCAGUUCAUAAAUUUCAACAUAUAUUUAUGGACUAGUAAGACUGAGACAGUUGAGGAACCUGUUGAAGAGGAUGAAGAGGAAGAUGUUAUAAAAGAAAAGCCUGAUGGUGAGGAAACUGAGGAGGAUGGUAAAGUGGAAGAGGAAAAGGAAGAAAAACCUAAAACUAAAAAGGUUGAGAAAACCACGUGGGAUUGGGAGCUUAUGAACUCUUCCAAACCUAUCUGGCAGAGAAAGCCAGCAGAUAUAAAUGAAGAUGAAUACAAAGACUUCUACAAAUCAAUUACUAAAGACACAUCAGACCCUUUAACAAAAACUCACUUUAUUGCUGAGGGAGAAGUCACUUUUAAGUCUGUACUGUAUAUUCCUAGUUCACAGCCAACAGAAACCUUCAACAGAUAUGGAUCUAAAGUUGAUCACAUUAAGCUAUAUGUCAGAAGAGUCUUUAUUACAGAUGACUUCCAAGAUAUGAUGCCAAAUUACUUAAACUUUAUCAGGGGUGUGGUUGAUUCUGAUGACUUGCCUCUAAACGUUUCUCGAGAAACUCUCCAACAGCAUAAGCUAUUGAAAGUUAUUAAGAAAAAAUUAGUCAGAAAAACAUUAGACAUGAUUAAAAAGAUCCCAAAAGAAGAUUAUGAAAAAUUCUGGAAAGAAUACAGCACAAAUGUGAAGCUCGGAAUUAUUGAGGACCCUACAAACAGGACCAGACUUGCAAAACUGUUAAGAUUUAUCUCUUCCAAUGACCCAGAAAAGCUUACUUCAUUAGCUGAAUAUGUGGAGAGAAUGAAAGAAAAACAGGAACAUAUAUACUACAUAGCUGGUUCUAGCUUAGAGGAGGUAAAAAAAUCUCCAUUUGUAGAACGUCUUUUAAAGAAAGGUUAUGAAGUUUUAUACCUUACUGAGCCUGUAGAUGAAUACUCUGUCUCUGCUCUUCCUGAGUUUGAAGGCAAAAAGUUCCAGAAUGCUGCUAAAGAUGGAUUGAAAUUAGAUGAAAGUGGGAAGGCUAAAGAAAGGCUUGAAGAUCUUGAAAAAGAGUAUGAGCCACUAACUAAAUGGUUACAAGAUGAAUCACUUAAAGAUAAGAUUUUGAAAGCUAAGAUUUCUCAGCGUCUUCACAACUCUCCCUGUGCUCUAGUGGCCAGUCAAUUUGGCUGGACAGGAAACAUGGAAAGGUUAGCUCGAAGUAAUGCACACAGCAAGACGUACGACACAACCCGGGACUACUAUCUCAGUCAAAAGAAAACAUUAGAAAUAAACCCAAGGCAUCCACUGAUAAAGGAGCUCAAGAAGAGAAUUGAGGAUGACAAAGAUGAUCCCACAGCUAAGAACAUGGCCAACAUCAUGUUUGAGACUGCCACUUUGAGGUCAGGAUAUAUUUUAGAUGACACUUUUUCCUUUGCUGAGAGAGUAGAGACUUUACUGAGAAAGACACUAGGAGUUCCAGAAGAUGCCCAGAUUGAAGAUGAACCAGAACUGCCAGAAGAAGAAGAAGAGGCUGAAAAGGAAGAGGAAGUUGAUGCAGAUGACGAAGGUGAAACUGAAGAUAAGCCAGAGGAUCACGAUGAACUAUGAUCAUUCCCCUAUCCCAUCAUUAAUCAUCAUUUCACUAAUGCACCUGUUCAUGAUUCUUUGAAGCUGAAGAAACAGAAAAGGUUCCAAUUUGUAGUGACACCAGUUAUUACUUUAUAUCCCAUAAAGUUAUUUACUUUGUGUGAAUUGUAGCUCUUUCUUCUGGUUAGAGCAUACUAUGUGAAUAUUAAACUUAACCACAUUCAAGUGUUUUCAUCUUGUAAAAAUAAACUGGCGUACAAUAAAACAAGUGUAGCUACAUAUUAAAUUUUCACACCAGAAUUAAAAUUACUAUAAAAUUGA